UUUGCUGGAGUUUGAAAAACUGCAAACUGGAAAAGUGGUAGAUGAUGAAUGAAUUUCUAAUUAAUGUUUUGCUGCUGUGUGGAGGAGUUUCUUCAAGGUUCUCUGGUUUCACACAUUAGUUUUUAAUUAACCAAUGAUAUGAAAUGUGAGUGUGGAACAUCGUUUGUCUUUAGAAGUAGCCCAGUGAUUGACUAGCUCCUGCUCUGUGGACAGUAGGGAUUAGAAUUAAACAGGAUUAGUUGGGUGAAUGUUUGUAUUUUAUGUUUACUGUACAUGCAUAUGCACACAGCUACCCGUAAAUCUAUAUGGAUGUACGUUGAUUCUGAGUUAAUGAGACUGUAUAUUUUACAGAUGUACAUCUUAAACAAUGCAUGUAUCCAGGUCUGAGCUCAGGGUAGUGUUACACUUUUUAAAUCAAAUGCAUGUGCAGUGGCUGGGAGGCAUUGUUGUUGAAGGAUGAGAGGACACUGUGCUGACAUGAUUAAAAUCUGAAUUAUGUAGCAGCAAAAAAAGAAAAAAAAUUCAAUGGCAGUGUGUUCGACCUCCUCUGCCUUAUGGGCAUCGUAAGCAUCCUGAGUUCUGAUGGAAAAUAAUUGAAAACAAAAGCAGCAUCUUAAUUUGUUUCCCUCCGGUCUCCAGAGAUCAUCUUUACUGUGUCUUUGCUUUCUCAUUAUACUUUUUAAUCAAGACUUUAAAAACCCCUUCACACAGACUACCUGCCCCUCCCCCAGCAGGCUGCUUCCACGGCAGCCAUCCACUGCCACUUGAGAUAGAAAUGACCAAGACAGGCCUACGUAUUUAUUGCACAGUAUGAAAAAAAGAAAACAUGUAUAGAGAUGCUGGCAUGUCCUUCUCUGCUGAUUCUUUUUUUUUUUAAAUUGACAAUAGGAUUAAAAACACAUGUAAGUUGUCGCUAAGCUAACACUUCAUUUCCCUCUGUUGUGUCAUUUGUGCUCUUUCAGCUUGUUGUGUGUUACUGCAGCUGCUGUGACUGCUGCAAAUGCAGUGACAGAGAAUUAAAGAGCGGAGGGAAGAAAAAUCGAUAAGCACUGGGGACAGUGGACAAGGAAAUCUGCCUGUUUUAAAUGACAAAUGCUGAUCAAGGAUUAUAUCUGCUCCAUCUUAAAUUCAGAUGUGCCUCUGUGCCUUAAUUACUGCAUCCAAUUAGACUUACUCGGUGCUUUUUGGAAAAACAGGUACAUUGUCUUAAAAUUGAGCUAAGCUAGGAAAAAAUUGGGUUAUUCUUUUUUUUACAAAACAAAUCACACUGAUGCAUCUGUACAUCUGACACCUGAGAAGAAAUGGACAGUACAGUACUUUUAAUGUAGCAUUAUGUACCUUGUACAUCACGCAUGUUUCUCUCUAUGCUCUGCUUCACCUUUUCUCUUGUUUUCUCAGCCCAGUUGCUUCCCUCAUUUUCUCCCUCUUACCCUCCUCCACCCCUCUCUUGGUUAAAGCAGAUGACUGCACACUCUGAGUCUGUAUCUGCUGCAUAUCCCUAUAGUUUUACCCACUUUAAUUGAAUAAUCAGUGGAUCACACAAGGGCUAGCUUAGUGUGUGAUCUGUAAUAUUUGUUUAUAUUGAUGAUAUGAUUUCUCUAGUUUUAUGAUGGGUGAGGGAGUUUUUUAUUUCAAAACUUUAAAGUUUACAGAGGCAAUUUAAACAAUGUAUAGAUUAUAGAAGACUAUUCAGCUAAACAAGUAACAUUUAAUUGGUUUUGACAAUAACACAACACAUGGAAUUUAUCAUCUAAUCUACUGUCAGGGUCAGAUAAACAUAUGGUCUUAUACACUGUUUUUCUUUUUUCCACUGGAAGCAACGUAAACUAAAGUACACUCGUGGGUUUUUAAUUUGUAUUUUUUAUUUUUUUAACAUAAAAUAGACAAACGUGUGUGCUUCCUGUUCUAGAAUGGUAAGUGCUUUAAAUGUAUGGAAUUAAUGUGUUAAUGUGAGAUUUUGAGACUAAAAUGUGCCAAGUUUGUUUUCUCGGGGCCUCGAGGUGUCGUCACAGGGAAAAAGAGAGAGAGAGAGAGACGCUUCACUCUGUAUCCGUCCACUGAACGCACGAGUCGCUCGCAUCUGGAACCAAUUAAUGUGACAAAUCCUGAACGGCAGCACAAAGCGUUGACCCAACCCAGCAGGUGUCAGUAAUGCCACUAACAAGAUACACAGCUACCAACCCAAAGCAAAAGACGAGGAGCAAGGAUUAGCUACAUUUAACCCCCAAGAGGACAGUUGUGCAGAGCAGUGAUGCCACGUAGCUGAAGAACAUCAAAUACAGUAUGGAGUCUUCACCGUCCUCCUGUCACACACCUUCCUCUUCAGACAACUCCAGCCCUGCACCACCACAGACGGCCUCUGUCAAAUGCACCUCAGCCCUGAUACCUGCAGGUUCUUUGCUGCAGUUAAACAGAUAUGACAUUAAAACAUCAACCAAGUCCAAUGGUUUCUCCUUAAUGAAUCAUCAAGUCUUUGGAAACAACAAGUCAAGUUCACAUUUGUCUCAGUUUGGAGGUCUUGGUAGUCUGGGUCUUACUGCUACUUUGGCUCGCACUCACUUUGGGACAAUUCCAGAAUGGUGGUUGUCAUCUGAAAGCCAUAAAAAUGGUGCACCAACUUUCCUCUCUCCGUUUUUGGGACUGAAUCCAGUAAUUGCACCAACCUUUAAAAACAAAGAUCCCGUUCAUUUAAAAUCUUACACUUCAGGAUUGAAUGGAACAGUCAACAACAGGAAUGGUUCCACUCUCAUUGGGAACAUAAGCAACAGUUCUUUGUCCGCCGGAGGAAGCAAGAAGAAAACACAGAUCAGUUAUAGUCCAAAAAGCCAGGACUCUUGUCAAUCACCCAGAAAGACUGCACAAAAAACUAAAGUAAAAAAACCCAGGAAGAAACCAGCAGAGACCAUGAACAUGAACGGCAGCCUCUCAGGAUCGUUGUCAGAUAGCUCGAGUGAAGACAGCAGCAGUGAUGCUGAUGACGUGGAUGAGAAAGAGGAUGAAGAUAGUGAAGAUGAAGAGGACGAUCGCAGCAGUGAUAGUGAGGAAGCCGAGUUGGCAGAAAUUAAGGAGAAAGUCAAGCAUCUGACACAGAACAUGUGUGAGGAUAAAAGGAAAAGGUCCUGCAGUGAAGAUGUGAGUCCAUCCCAAGACAAUCAUCAUAAUCGGGGCUCUCUGUAUUCCUUGAACCACCCCCAGUCUUCUUCUCAUCGACGUGCUCAGCCUCAGUCUGCCAUGCCGUCUUUCCAAAGCCACAAAACUAGACACGAGAAAAACCAGCAACAUGUUAGUGUCAUCCAGGCGCCAGCGGUCCCAGCAACAGUCAGUCAGUUUGCACACUCCACCAAGGAAGUCUCUCCACUGGCCUUCAGAUGCUCCCCCAGCAAAAAAUACUCCACCAGUUCAACCAAACAGUUACCUCCGUCUGCUUCACUAAAGCACUCCUCACAUGUGUUGUCUUACAAGCACAGCUCUGUCUCAUCUUCUCCCAAACCUCUCAAUUUGUGUUCUUCUGACAAACCCUUGUACCCCAACCGCUUCUGUCUGACAUCGUCACAAAAACCUUUUUGCUUCAUAACUGCACACAAACCACCAUCCAAGUCGGUCUCACAGAAGUUGACACUUGAAAAAGGAAGCUCUCAUCCCAAGUCUAGUAAACGCCUGAAGGACAGGAGUCCUGAGAUGACACAGACAUUUCAUUUCAAGGACUCCUUAAAGAAAGAUUUCAUUCUGCAACAUAAUAGUGAGAACAAUCUGUUCCUCACCCUUCCUGAUGACCAGGAUGUCCCAUUGGCUCUCAUAAGUAAACCUCAAAGCCAAAGCACCAUCAUGGACUCUAUUCCACCUCUGACUGCUUCCAGUCCAUCCUGCUCAAUGCCUAUCAAUCUGAGCACCAGCAACGAGGAACUUCACAGAAGCUCUGCUUUAUCUCCACACACUUCUGCCUCACUAUUAAUAACUCAGAAAUCAAUUAAAGUCAAGCGCUCUACAUCUUCUGCAGACCUGGUCCAAGGUGGUGAGAGUGACGUCCAGAGCAACAAAGACUCAGAGUCAGACUCUUCAGUAGCUGAUGCUGAUGAAGACCAAGGUGAAGAGGAGGAAGACUCUGGCAGCAGUCUCUCAGAGUCAGGGAGCAAUCUAGAGAGUGACUUUGAGGAUGAAAUGAAAAAGCAAGUUAGGACUGAAGCAGAGACUGAUGCUGAGAAGAUUCCUUUGGACGUAUCGAAAGCACCAUUGUGUAUUCGCAGUUCCUCCUUCUCCUCCUCCAUUAGCUUCAUGCCCAGCCUGUCGGUCAUCAAGGCCCCAAACUUGCCUGACUGUUUCCGUACCCUCACCCUGCCUACCCAUUCAAGUUCCUUGAGUAACAGCAGCUCUACGGCCUCAUCUCUCAAACCUAAAGGACUGACAGGAAAGAGGAAAAGAGUGACUGACGAGAGACUCCUGCGAUUGCCUCUUAAGUUUGGGUGGAAAAGGGAGACACACAUUCGGAUGGUGGCAGGUCGUCUUCAAGGGGACGUUAUUUAUCUGGCACCAUGUGGAAAGAAGCUGCGUCAGUAUCCGGAUGUAAUGAAGUACUUAUACAGAAAUGGAAUAAAAGAAAUUUCUCGGGAUAACUUCAGCUUCAGUACGAAAAUCAAAGUCGGAGACUUCUACGACUCCAGGGAAGAAGUGGAGAGUUUACAGCAGAAUCUAUUGGCUGCAAAGGAGACCGCUGGCGGACAGAGCCGUUGCUUCAAGUCCUUGCUACAGUCAACAGUUGAUGCUUCUGGGAGAAAACGAUGGAAAACACCUCCUAUAAAUAUCACUAACACCCAAGAUUUCAGCGAAGCCACGCUGCUACGCAAACUGGAGGCUGAAGAAAUAGUUCACCAGGCCACUCAGAUGAAACUGAUGAGAAAACACGAGAGACAAGCCAUGGCACUGGCAGCCAAGGAAGCAAAAAGGCAACAAGCAAUAAAAGCUGCGGAGGAGAAGAGGAUAAAAAGAGAACAGAUGAAGAUUCUCAAACAGCAAGAGAAGAUCAAGCGCAUUCAGCAAAUUCGUUUGGAGAAGGAAUUCCGUGCACAGCAAAUUCUGGAGGCUAAAAGAAGGAAGAAAGAAGCAGCAGCUAAUGCCAGAAUUCUGGAGGCCGAGAAACGCAACAAGGAAAAGGAAAUGCAACAACUACAUGCUGUCAUACUGAAGCACCAGGAGUUGAAGAGGCUUAGACUAGAUAUGGAAAAAGAAAGACGAAGGCAGCACAUGAUGCUGAUGAAGGCUGUGGAGAGCAGGAAAAAGGCAGAGGAGAAAGAGCGUUUAAGAAAAGAGAAGAAGGACGAGAAACGUUUUCAUAAGGAGAGAAAACAAGAGCUCAAAAGACUGGAGCUGGAAAAAGCAAAGGAGCUAAGGAAGCCAAAUGAAGACAUGUGUUUAUCAGAUCAUAAGUGUCUUCCAGAACUGUCCCGUGUCCAUGGCCUGGUCUUAUCUGGAAGCACCUUCUCUGACUGCUUGAUGGUCCUGCAGUUUCUGCACAAUUUUGGAAAAGUUCUAGGAUUAGAGGAGAAUUUAAACAAUCUCAAAUUAAGUGACAUUCAGGACGGUUUGCUUAACAUCAAAGACUAUAAAAACAAAGUCCAGGACCUGCUUGUGAGAAUGUUGUCCAUAGCUGUGUCCAGUCCUGGAAUUCCUGUGGGUCACAAGAACAAAACCAUUUUGGGGGAACACUUGACUAAUGUGGACAUCAACCGAGACAAUGUGUCUGAGAUCCUGCAGAUAUUCAUGGAGGCUCACUGUGGGCGGACACAACUGUCCGCUCUGGCGCUCAGCCUCAGGACUAAGGCCUUCCAGGCUCACAGUCCGUCUCAGAAAGCAUCCAUCCUGGCGUUCCUGGUGAACGAGCUGUGCUGCAGUAAAGCUGUGAUCAGUGAGAUUGAGAAAAGCAUAGACCACAUGAACAUCCUGAGGAAAGACAAGUGGGCUGUUGAAGGAAAGAUACGCAAACUGAGGAGCAUUCACACCAAGAGGAUGGCUGAGAGAGACAGCAGUGUGGGAGAGGAGAAUGGAAACAACGGUGUCACUCUAAAUGCCAAAAGCAAGAGCAAGCUGAAAGAAGCAGACAAUGAGGAAGAAGAGGAUGAAGAUGACGACAGCGAGGAUCAAGGAGAAAAUGAGGAUGAAGAGGACGAAGGUUCAGGCAGAAAGAAAGUGAAAAUAUGUGAAGUUGAGGACGACGGUGAACAUUCAGUCGACAUAGAAGAGCUGGAGAAACAGAUUGAGAAAACCUGUAAGCAACAACGUCAGAUCAGACAGAAGCUGUUUGAAUUGUCCUGCUCAUUCCACUCCAUGAUGCUUGGACAGGAUCGCUACAAGAGGUGUUACUGGCUCCUUCCCCAGUGUGGAGGCAUCUUUGUUGAGGCCGUGGAAAGCAGCGGAGGUAAUGACGAGCUGGAAAAGGACACCGAUCAUGUGGUCAGAGUAAAGGAAGAGCAACCUUAUGAAACAAAGACUGCAGCAGAGUCCAGACCUGCUCCGGGCACAGAGUGGUAUGAAGCCACAGCAGAGUGCCAUCAGGACAAAGACGGACUCAAUCUCUUCCUCCAGAAACCUGGCUCUCUUUCCAAGCUAAGCAAACUCCUUGAAGUGGCCAAACUGGCUGGAGGCUCAAACAUCAAUUUUCACAACCGUCCUCCUGUAAUGUCCCCCACCGCUGCAUCUUAUCUCUGCUGUCCCAGCUCUCAGACAGGAACAUCCCACAGUCCCCUGCCUGCAUCUGCUCAGCACGGAUACUCAGUUGAAAUAGAUGCUUCAGUGCCACUUACACUUUUUGCCACAAAGCUGAAAAGCAGUCCUCAAGUGACCUUCGGCCCCCCGUCUGUCCCUCAGGCUGAUCGCUUUAACAAGAUACUGACAGAAAAACGCUGCCAGUGGUUUAGCCUCCUCCCUCGGUCUCCUUGUGAUGAAUCGUUGGUCACCCGUGGCUUCACCUCCUCUCCUCAGACAACAAACACUAAAACCAUCCCCUCCUCCUCCAUCUUCCUCAACUCCCCCUCCAGAGCCAGCCACAAAAGUCCAUCUACAAACAAUAACGGAGAGUCCCCCGUCCUUCAGCAAGUAGAAUCUGGCAGACAUGAGAACAGUCUGACUCUGCUCAGCAUGUCCAGUGUGGCAGUGAGUACCACGCUGCCCCCUUCUGGAACUUGUCUACCAACUAUGGUAGAGCUGGCCUCCCAGCAUGCAAAGGGCAAUGGGCACAGUGUCGACCCCCAAGUAAAUAAUAACACGAUCAACAAGAGUGAGAACCCAGAGGCCUCCAGUGACAUGACACCUGUUGUAUCACCCCCCACUGUGGAAGCAGCCAAGACCCAGGACUACACCAGAUGUCAGUCCAUCCCUGAGGAGAUGCUGCAUGGUUGGUGGCGAGUGUCGGACAUUAACCAAGUGCACUGUCUGGUCGAGGCUCUGCACAGCCGUGGCAUCAGGGAGAAAGUCCUGCACAGACAAAUCCAAAAACAUAUGGAGUUUGUGACUCAGAUCUAUGACAGCAGCAGAAAAGAUGGCGCAGUAAUUAAUAUAGCAGAGCUGGAGAAGCAGGAUGUGAGUGAGAAGAUACUCAAGACUUGGAGUGUUGAAGAGAAAGCCAUGGAGGUGGACGUCACCCUGCUGCAGCAGAUCGAAGCUCUGGAGAGAAAAGUUGUCUCUGCCGACGUUCAGGUCAAGGGAUGGAUGCCCUCUGAGCCAGAGUCGGACAGAAAGGAUCUGGUCUAUCAUGAGCACAGGCUGAUUUCAUCCUCAGCUUCUCAAAAGGAAAGUCGACGGUCGAACCCCGUGGACAUUCCUGGCUCUAUAGUGCGUCGGCCUAACAAUCCUCUUGAUAUUGCCGUCACCAGACUGGCAGAGCUGGAGAAUAACAUUAAAAAAAGGAAGGAGGAGCCGGCUCCUGGAAUGAGGUUGUGGCAUAAAGCCCUCGGUCAAGUCCGCAGCUCCUCUCAGCUGUCACUCUGUGUUCAGCAGCUGCAGAAGUCCGUGACCUGGGAUCAGUCUGUCAUGAAAGUGCACUGCCACCUCUGUCAGAAGGCAGAUAAUGAGGAACUGCUGUUACUCUGUGACAGCUGUGAGAGAGGCUGCCACACAUACUGCCUUAAACCCAGCAUCAGCCCAGUACCUGAGGGUGACUGGCUUUGUUCUACCUGUGUUUCAAAGGAAAGUGUUCAGUCCCCCUGGAAUAGAAGGCAAAAGAACAAAACAGCUGCAGGAGAAAAGAAACGCAGUGAGGUGAAACAAAAUGAUAAACCAUCUGUGUUCGCGGAGCUCAUCAAAGAGGAAGCUUCCAGCAGCAACUGUGUUUGGAGAAAAAGUAGCAAAGACUUUAGGAAGAGAAAGGGAGCCAGGUGCCAACACAGCCCGGAGGAUGGGGCUGACAGCUCGGCCUCCUUGGCAAAAAAAGCCAAAAUGUGCGAGGACAACGCAGAUGAACUGUCGAUGUGUAGUUUGCUCCUGGCCGACCUUGAGGCUCAUCCAGAUUCUUGGCCUUUUCUUACUCCAGUGAACCACAAAGCUGUGCCUGGAUACAAGAAGGUCAUUAAAAAGCCCAUGGAUUUCUCCACCAUCAGAGAAAGACUCCAGAACAACCAGUAUUCAUCUUUGGAGACAUUCUUUGUGGACGUGAACCUCGUUUUUGACAAUUGUCAAAAAUUCAAUGAAGAUGAUUCGGAAAUCGGACGAGCUGGACACAACAUGAGGAGAUUCUUCGAAAAAAGAUGGACAGAACUGCUCAUGUAACUAAAAAAAGUCACUUGUGGAGGGCUGGUGCUAAUUACCAUUGGAUAUCACUGUUGGGUGUUGCAGCGUCUCACUGUUAAUAUUUGUGCUUUUCGUGUGUUCUGCACAAUAUUCCUUAAAACAAAACAAAACAAAAAAAAUGCAAAUGUUCUGACCUUUUCUCUGAACUUAAUGUUCUGUACGUGGUACCGAGUGUUUAUUCUCCGAGGAGGAACCUGUCAGACAUUGUGUGGACAGACGUGAAGCCUGCAUUGGGCUCUAAUCCAGCUGGGAGUUGGACAAGAGUCACGGUCCACCGGAGAUGUCUCCACACAGCUGACGUCAGAAGACUAGAAGUAACUGGGUUUUAUUGAAAUGAGGAGCAGCCUUCGUUGGUAUUUUUAGCCUUGGAUGAGGCAUUGGUAAAAUAAAUGUCUUCUAUAAAAACUAACCAGAUGCACAUCUUUUUUUGUAAUCACGGACAAACAGAAUUGUGAGUGAGUAAACUUUACUGCAGAGUUCACAUUUAUUACUUUGGGAUUGUAUUUGUAAAGUUGGAAGGAAAUCUUGCUGU